AUGAAGGAGAUGUGUCGGAUAUUUGGAGGUUCAGCGAAUCGGCCACCAAUAGCAGGCGAUGAGAAUAAAUCAGGGUUGAGAUUGGCGGUUUGGGUUAAGUUCAUGCCAGGACCCACAAAAAGAUACUCGCAGAGUGAGACAUGUCUUUCCGACAUUGCCUCCGGCCAUUCUUGGGAUUUUCUACGCACUACAAUACUGAGUUACCUAAUUGACCCCCUAUCAUACAAUAAGCCCGCCAUGAGUUAUGUGCAGCACUCCAAGCAAUGCAAGCCUCGAGAACAAGUCUCUUUUAAGCCACCCAGCAAUUUAAUCCUUCGGCUUCUUAUCUAUGGUAAAUGUGUACGCCCAAGUGUUCGGCUUAUGGAUAUACGCGGUGGCCUAAACAAAGACUCGUUAGGCCUGAGUUUUAGACUCAUACCGGAUAAGCGGUCAAUCAAGGUUGACUGCGUCGGGGGGAAGUUUUCGUAUCAGCUACUUGAAUAUGAAGCUAUGGAAUUAGGCGAGAAUUUAAGAGAAGUGAAUAAUGGAUGGCUGCAUGCAAUUUUCCAAGCCUCUUCAAUCCGCUUCCCACAGGGGCUAGCUCGAGUGACCUGGAUUGAUGCACUCUAA